AUGUCAUCGCCAUCGCAAGAGGAUAUUGCCACUGCAUUAGAUUUCAAAAAUAAAGGUAAUGAAUAUAUAAAGAAAAGCGAUUAUGAUUCAGCUAUAGAGUUUUAUAGCAAAGCCAUUGCUUUAGACAGCACACAGUCAAUUUAUUUUUCUAAUAGGGCAUUGGCACAUUUAAAACAAGAUAACUUUUACUCUGCUGUUGUUGAUUGUGAUAAUGCUUUAAAGCUUGACCCAAAAAAUAUAAAAGCUUAUCACAGGAGAGGUUUAUCAUACGUCGGUAUUUUAGAAUUCAGAAAAGCCAAAAAUGACUUAAAUGUUGUUUUAAAGGCUAAGCCAAAUGAUAUUACAGCCUCUAAUGCAUUAAAAGUAUGUGAAAAUUUUAUCCGAGAAGAAAGGUUUAAAAAUGCUAUAGGUGGAAGUGGUGAUAAUGCAAAAUCUAAUAUUUGUCAAACCUUGAAUUUAGAGUCAUUCAAUGCGAAUGCAGACUUGAAGACAUACAAAGGUCCAAAAUUAAAUUUUAAGCAACUGACAGAUGAAAAAAAUUCGCCAGCAGGUGUUGAAGUUGAAAAUAUGUCACAAGAAUUUAUUUCUGGUAUGGUUAAUGAUAUAUUUUUAAAAGGUAAAACUAUCCCAAAACAAUAUGCAGCAGCUAUAAUAUCUCAUGUUGAUAGAAUUUUCUUAUCUGAGCCAACCCUUGUUGAGCUAUCCAAUGAAAACACCAAAGAGGUUAAAAUUUCAGUGUGUGGUGACACACAUGGCCAGUUUUAUGAUGUCUUAAAUAUAUUCAAAAAGUUCGGGAAAGUUAGCAAAGACCACAUAUAUUUAUUCAAUGGUGACUUAGUGGAUCGUGGUUCUUGGUCCUGUGAAGUAGCUCUAUUAUUUUACUCAUUAAAGAUUUUAUAUCCAAAGAAUAUCUAUUUAAAUAGAGGUAAUCAUGAAACUGAUAAUAUGAAUAAGAUUUACGGUUUUGAAGACGAAUGUAAAUAUAAAUAUUCACAACGUAUUUUCGACUUAUUCUCAUUAAGUUUUGAAAGUUUGCCAUUGGCAACUUUAAUCAACAACGAUUAUCUAGUUAUGCACGGUGGUUUACCAAGUGAUGAAAAAUCAACUCUUGAUGAUAUCAGAAACUUAGAUAGAUUUUCUCAACCACCAAGAGAAGGUUUAUUUAUGGAAUUAUUAUGGUCAGAUCCACAAGCAGCAAAUGGUUUGGGUCCAUCGCAACGUGGUUUAGGUUUUGCGUUUGGUCCAGAUAUUACAGCUAAAUAUUUAGAAAGAAAUAAGCUUCGUAAAGUUUUUAGGUCUCAUGAAGUUAGAAUGACGGGUGUAAAGUAUGAACAUGAUGGUAAACUAGUGACUGUUUUCAGUGCUCCAAAUUACUGUGAUUCCCAAGGUAACUUAGGUGGUAUAAUUCAUAUUACGCCAGACAAUGGUGUAUUAUUACAAAAUGGCAAUGAUGAUGAAAAUUUGAUUGUUGAAACUUUUACAGCAGUUGAACAUCCAGAUGUCAAGCCAAUGGCUUACUCUAACGGUGGUUUGGGUUUUUAG